AUGGUUGCAAUCUGGGUUGGGCUCGUCCUGCGCCAGCUUGCCUUGCCCAUGCCAUCAUUAGUCGACGACACCUUGGCCGAGCUGGGCCACGCAAACAAGGUUCUGGUCAUGAUGGGUUUGGGCAUCCUCCUGAAACUCAGGCUUCCCAAGGCUCAGCGAAGACAGCUGGCAGAGCUCCUGUCUCUGCGCUCUGCGUUGGGUUUUGCUGCGGCAGCUGGCACCGCCGCUCUGGGACAGCGGCUGGGUGCUGCGUCCCUGGUUCAGACGGUUUGCGUCAUGGCGCUUUGCUGCCCUAUCCCAGCAGUCUCCGUGCAGUUCGCGCUGGAGGUGGGAUGUGACAGUGCUUUGGCCGCCGCAGCAGCCAACCUGUCCAACCUUGUGGCCUUCCCGGUUCUGCUGCUUGGAAGCUGA